AAGUAUUGAUGUAGUUCGAGCGCCUCGCAGGUUGCGCUUUUUCUGACGAGAAGUCAGCAUACAUAUUUGAUCACUACGGUUUUGUUUCACGGUGUUUGUGCAGUAAACGUUGAGGCGGUUGUCUGUGAAAGCAGGAGCAACGUGUUCACCGGCGUCUGUGUCAUUAGUGGAAGUGAAGCAUUGCUAGCAUGUCGUCACACAACUCGGGCAGCAUUAAACGGGAGGAGAAGGGUAGAAACAUCCAGGUGGUCGUCAGAUGCAGGCCUUUUAAUACUGUGGAGCGGAAGUCGUCCUAUGGGGUCAUAGACUGUGAUCCAACCAGGAAGGAGGUGGUCGUGAGGACGGGAGGGGUGAAUGACAGAGCAGCCAGGAAAACCUACACAUUUGACAUGGUUUUUGGUCCAGCUGCAAAACAAAUUGAUGUGUACAGGAGCGUCGUGUGUCCGAUUCUGGAUGAGGUCAUCAUGGGAUACAACUGCACUGUUUUUGCUUAUGGACAGACUGGAACAGGAAAGACGUUCACAAUGGAGGGAGAGAGGACGCCAGACGGGCAGUUCACAUGGGAGGAGGACCCUCUGGCCGGCAUCAUCCCAAGAACACUGCACCAGAUCUUUGAGAAGCUGUCUGAGAAUGGUACAGAGUUUUCCAUUAAAGUCUCAUUGCUGGAGAUCUACAAUGAAGAACUGUUUGAUCUGCUCAGCCCAACAGAGGAUGUGAGCGAGAGGCUGCAGCUUUUUGACGAUCCUCGAAACAAGCGCGGUGUGGUGGUCAAAGGUUUGGAGGAGGUGGCAGUCCACAACAAGGAUGAAGUCUAUCAGAUCCUGGAGAGAGGAGCAGCCAGGAGGAGGACGGCCUCCACGCUGCUGAAUGCUUAUUCCAGUCGCUCCCACUCCGUGUUCUCCGUCACCAUCCACAUGAAGGAGAUCACUCUGGAUGGCGAGGAGCUGGUGAAGAUCGGUAAACUCAAUCUGGUGGAUCUGGCCGGCAGCGAGAACAUCGGGCGUUCUGGCGCGGUGGACAAACGAGCACGUGAGGCGGGAAACAUCAACCAGUCAUUGCUGACUUUGGGCAGGGUGAUCACGGCUCUGGUGGAGAAGAGGCCACACGUCCCGUACAGGGAGUCCAAGCUGACGCGAAUCCUGCAGGACUCGCUGGGAGGACGGACCAAAACCUCCAUCAUCGCCACCGUGUCGCCGUCCUCCAGCAACCUGGAGGAGACUCUGAGCACGCUGGAGUACGCCAGCAGAGCCAAAAACAUCAUGAACAAACCGGAGAUCAACCAGAAACUGUCCAAGAGGAUGCUGAUAAAGGAAUACACGGAGGAGAUCGAGCGUCUGAAACGCGACCUGUUCGCCACUCGUGAGAAGAAUGGAGUUUAUCUGUCAUCAGAAAACUAUGAGAACAUGAUGGGUCAGAUCACAUCCCACGAAGAGCAGAUAGCAGAAUACACAGACAGGAUCACAGCCAUGGAGGACGAACUCCAAAAGGUGACCGAGCUGUUUGUGGAGAGUAAAUCCAGACUGGAUCAGUGCACUGUGGUCCUGGAGGAGAAGCAGCAAAGCCUGGAGGAGACGAACAGGACCCUGCAGCAGACCAAAGACCUGCUGGUUCAGGAGGAGUUUGUCUGCUCAGAAUUCUCUCUGGCCCAUGAGUCUCUGUACAACACCGCUGACCAGUUGCUGGGGGCAGCCGAUGCCAGCGCUGAUGACGUUUCAGGUUUGCACGACAAGCUGGACAGGAAGAAAAAGGUGGAACAGCACAACCAGCAGAUCCAGCAGACCUUCUGGGAGCGCAUCGAGGGUGCGUUCAGCACCAUGGAGGACCACAUUCAGCGACAAGGAGCCAAACACCACGACACGCUGAGCAGCUACUCACAGGCCGUCGAUCGUCUGCUUGUAAUGAACGAGGAAACCUUGAAGGGAACGGUGUCGACUGUUCAGUCCUUCACAGACAGAGUCAGGGAGCUGGUUGCUGUGGGCGUGGCCCGCUGCCGGGACAGAGUUCAACAGCAGGAGGCGCUGUGUGUGCAGAGCAAAGACAUCCUGCUGCAGCUGCUGGAGGAGCAUUUGAAGGACAUGGAGCAGGUCCUGGUGGGUCAGAUUCUGGCGGAUCUUUCCGCCGAAGGCCAGCUUACAGAAGUCCUGGGAACCACGGUGGAAACACAGGGAGUUCUGGCCAACAAGGUGGAGGCGAUGAAGGAAACAGGUGUGUUUUUCAGCGGUCUGGCUCAGGACCUAGCUAGACUACGCAAGGAAACUCUUCUGGGUCUGAGCACCCUGCAGGCCGAACACGACAAGCAGGCGGACAACAUCAGACGGGCGCAGGCGAGACACCAGACGCGCAUGCAGCAGACCAUGCAGUGUAUCCAGGACCAGCUCCACCUCCUGAACCUCGAGGUCCAGAAGGACUACAGUGACCUGCAUUCAGCUUCCAAAGCUCUGCAGAAACCUCUGCAGAACCUCCAGGAAGGCAUCAGAAUCGGUCACACCUCAUUAGAGCGUCAGGCUUCAGACCACGCUGACCUCCUCUCCUCGACUUCCUCUUCUCUGGCCGCCUCUCUGCACCUGAACGUCAGCGAGAGCCAGCAGGUUCUGGAUCAGAUCUCAGAGUGCCGUACCCGCCUCCACAGCAGCGUGUCUGACCUGAUGGAGCGUCAGAGACUCUGGAGCUCCCGAGUUCAGGAAAACGCAGAGACUCGAACCCAGAAACAGCUUGGCGUGAUGGCGGAGAAUUCCUCUGAGGUCCAGAGUCUGAAACAGAGUGUCGAUGGACGCUGCAGCGAGCAACUGCAAGCAGUGGAGGAGGAGCUGUGCGACCGCAAGGAGGAGGUGAUGCAGGUGCUCACUUCUCUUCAGAACCAGACCUCACAGGACCGGGCCUCCCUGGACCAACAGCAGGAGUUUCUGCAGGACCACGUGGAGACGAGUCGACAGCUGGUCCAUGGUUUCCUGCAGGAGGAGCUGCAGCAGGACGUUCCCACCGGUGCAACCCCUCAGCGUCGGGAGAUCGUGUAUCCUCGGGUACUGGUGAAGUCGCGGAGUCGUGCUGAGAUACUGGAGAGUCUGAGGAAGCAGCAGGAGGCGCUACAGGCCACCGAGGAGGAGGAAGACUAUGAGGAGGACAGACAGAGUCAGGACAGCCAUGGCUCUCUGGAGGAGGAGCUGAGCUGCCGUGACGACAGUGUGGCCACUGAGCCGUCCUUCAUCGACGAGAACCUCGUUUUCAACCAGAACAAACGAGUCCCCUUCUUCAAGAAAAAGGCUGCAAAAAAGGACAGGAAGAUUCCAGUGAAGCAAAAAGAAAUGGAACCAGAGUUGAUGCUGAAGUCCAAACUUCCACUCCGCUGUCAGAACUAAAAGCAGUUUUUUGUUUUGUGUCCCGUUUUUUGUCAUGAUUUUUAAAUGUCUUUUUUUUUUCUUUAAUUUGUUUUAUGAAAUUAAAGGACAGUACACUCACUCUGUACUCUGUUUUAACAAGUUUAUUGACCUUCAUUCUUCUCU